GGUUUCGAUGAAGCUUAUAGGAGGACCAGCAGUGGUAGUAUUUUUUCCAUAACGGAAGAAUCAGGAUUCAGGAGGACUUGGCGAAAGACCGAGCUUCCUAGUUUCCUAGCUCCCAUCCACGCUUCGUAGUUACUCUGUUAGUGACAGCUGGAAGCGUUGCUACUUGAUUGAAAAGAGGUUUUCGCGUCGCUGUGUUUCUGUCAGCUCGUAUAUAGCGAUAAAGUCGUGAGCAGAAGCAGAAGUUGAUCUGUGCUUCGCAUUCAGUCAUGGCCGAGACUACGCCCAAGAUUUUUACUCUAGAGGAGGUGUCGAAACACAACACGGAGAAGGAUUGCUGGCUGAUCGUCUCAGGCAAGGUCUAUGACGUCACUAAGUUUAUGGAUGAUCAUCCAGGCGGAUCUGAUGUGAUGGUCUCGUCGACUGGCAAAGACGCGACUGACGAUUUUGAGGACAUUGGACAUAGUAAGACCGCGAGAGACAUGCUUGCACAGUACUAUGUCGGCGAGAUUGACGAGUCAACGUUACCAGCGAAGGCGACAGGGGAUGCGAGCGGCGGCGGAGGAAGCCAGGAGAAGACGUCAACUCUGAAGUUGUUGCUGCAGUUUUUAAUACCCGUGCUGAUGGUGGUGCUGGCACUUGCAGUCAGAUCGUACACACAGGUUCCCAAGGUCGACAGCUAGCUUGAAACGAUUCUAUGUCCAUUCAAACCAUAAUAAUCGAUCGGUUGUUAUGCGAGGGAGUCUACAUCGGCUCACGAUCUGCUCAC